AUGUCUACUGCAGUUUACUACUCCAACCAUAAUAUACCAGUCGAGGAAGUGCACGCUAGCCACACGUUGCCUUCUUUGUCGCAGAUUAUGCCUAUUAACCAACAGCAGAAUCAGCAAAAUCAGCAAAAUCAGCAAAUUCAACAGGGCCAACAGAGCCAGACGGGAGGUAGUACGGAGCAGAUUAGCCCUACAUUUGUGAAUAUUCCUAUUAACCAGGGGAGCUACUUAGCCGGAAGUGGAGACCAGAAAUUUGUGUAUCAAUCACAACCAUCUCCGGACGUCUUUUCACAAAGUGGAAGUACAUCUCAACCAUCAUCUGCUAAUACUACUCCAGCAUCGAGUCUAAGUGUAGGUAGCCAAUACGGGGCACCAACAUCUACUCCAGCUGAAAAGUGUACAUGUAAGACGAAUACCAAUCGUAUUCCUAGACCUAGAAAUGCAUUUAUUUUAUUCCGUCAAAAGAACCAUCAGCUGGUAUUGGAAGAAGGAAGUGUCAUAAGAACCAACCCCGAUGUGUCGAGAGAGUUAGGGAGAAGAUGGAGAUCACUUUCGGCUUCUGAAAAGAACCACUGGAAUAAGUUGGCUGAAGAAGAAAAAGUAGCUCAUGCUAAGAAGUAUCCAGGCUACAAGUACACCCCCAGAAGAAACGGUAAAAACAAGGGUUGUCCAGCCUGUAGACAAAAAUCAUUGAAACAGCAACAGGUUCAAUUGCACAAUCAACAAAUGUAUCAGUUGCAACAAGGUCAAUAUCAACAAUACAUGCAGAUGCAACAGCAACAAGUUGCUUCAUCUGCCAAUUUACAGACCCCAAUACCGCAGAACAUGACAUCAAGUAACCCUGGUGGGCAACCUUUGGUCAAUGUUCCAUUGACGCAAUUCAUUGUUCCACCUAACCCUUACCCACAACAAAACUUCCAAUUUGCGUUUAACAACGAUAUGAACGUUAUAAACCAACAGCAGUUACAACAACAAUUGCAACAGGAUAAGGCUUCUCCCUUAUCAGCAAUCCCUGGGCAGGCAAUUCCUACUAUUAACCAAGCAAAUUCUGAGUUUUUGAAUCCUAUUAAUGCUUCUCAAAUGCAAAUUAGCUACGAUCAAAAUCCUCAAUCUGCAAGAUUCAACUCAUUACCAACACCUAUGGGUUCAAAUUAUGGAUUUGAGUUUGGUAAUAUGCAUCAACAGUCCUAA